UCCCCAAGCACCACGUCUACAUGUCUUUUAAAUGCCUCAAGGGAUGGUGACUCCAUAGCUGGUGAUUCCCAGGACGUAGCCUUCAUCCAGGGAAAAGCGAGGGCUCACCAGCAGGAUGAUGACUGUGUCAGUUUGGCUUGGGCCCUGCUGAAUCCCUGUGGUGUCCUUCCUUCCCAGGAGGAGAUCCAGGAGAUAAAGGAUGAAGGGAAUCUGGAGCAGCUCUUUAAUUCCCUGGAUAAUAUCGUGGAGGAGGCAAAGAACCGGGAAGAGCCUGCGUGGCGUCCCAGCGGGAUCCCGGAAGAGGAUAUUUGCAGCGCCAUGGUGCCGUAUCUCUGGAAGCACAGGGCAUACCUGCAGAAAAUCCUAAAGGAGAAGGAAGAAGAGAACAGGAAGGCAGCAGAGUCUGUGCUUGCGGGGAGGGACAGGAUUGCAGAGCUGCAGCAGCUGAUAGAAGCUCGCAAACGUGCCUGGCAGGCAAUUAGUAAAGAGCAACAAGAACUCCUGGCGACACUCAAGGAGCCCCAGUGAGGAUGGGGGGAGAUCCUGUGUGUGGCGAGGGGGGGUUUUAUCAUCGUGGAAGCGGGACUCUGCGCAUGGCGGACGCAGCCUCAUCUUGUCAGGCCAGAAGAAACCUGCAGCAGGACUGAAAAGCUGCCGGACUUGCACAAUUUGAUCAAAGUUUGUGAAGAAAUAAAAAAGGAACCCAUCAUGAUCUUUGGAAAGAGAUGAGAAUUUCCUAUUCCCCGCUCGGCUCAGCAGGGAGAAUCCUGACAGCCAGCGCGUGGCUGUGGGCUCGCACGCUGUUUUACUGCGGUGAUGGGCCUGAUUCGGGCUGACUAAAGCCAAAUUUGUGACCUUGACGGUAUCUUAGAUGUGUGUGAGAGAAGAAUCAGAGCCUUCUGCACAGGAGUGAGGGGCCGGGGAGCUGUAGCACGUGGAGCCUGCGGGUGGGGAAAUGCUGCUGUAGCCCUUUGCUGCCACAGUCGGACUUUUUUGCCACGUUUGUUUUCAAUAACCGUGAUUUUAAAUAAUUAUCUGCCCCUGGCACCUCAGAA